AUGAAUCAUAUGGAAAACAGGACAGAAACAAUUCUCAAAAGUGAAUUGGAGUCCACUGAAACUAUGGUUAAUGCUAGUAAACCGCAUGAUGUUGAGGAAUCGUUGAGGUUAAUUGAUGAUUUAAAAUAUUUUUUAGCAACAGCUCCUGCCAAUUGGCAAGAAAACCAAAUUAUUAGAAGAUAUUAUCUCAACAGUGAACAUGGUUUUGUCUCUUGUGUGCUUUGGAACAAUGUCUAUUAUAUCACUGGAACAGAUAUAGUUAAAUGUUGUCUGUAUCGAAUGCAAAAAUUCGGUAGGACAAUUGUGCAGAAGAAGAAAUUCGAAGAAGGAAUAUUCUCUGAUUUAAGGAAUUUAAAAUGUGGGAUAGAUGCCACUUUAGAACAACCUAAAUCUGAAUUCUUACAGUUCUUAUACAGAAAUUCAUGUUUAAAGACACAAAAAAAACAAAAAGUAUUCUUCUGGUUCAGUGUCCCACAUGAUAAGUUAUUUGCUGAUGCCCUUGAAAGAGAUCUAAAAAGAGAGGAAACCUCUAGUCAACAAACAACAACAAAAGCUAUUUUUGAACCUGCAAUUUCGUUUCAUUUUGAUUCUAAAUGUGGUAUUCGUCUUUAUCACCAACUGUUAUCUCAUACGCAAAAUAAAAGGCUAAUUAUUAAUGAGAACCGACUUGAGCCAUUUGUUAAUCCAGAAACUAAUAGUAAAGAUAACUCCCAUGAGACGGUCCUUAGUUUAUCCCCAAUUAUAAUCAAUGAUAAUUCACCACCAAACACACAAGAACUAUCAUAUAAUGAGAUAAAAGAUAUAGAAAAUAAUAUGGAUGAUUUAACUAAUGAAGGAUUUUCGAAUAAUUCACAAUCAGUUCAAUCAAAUGCUCCCGCCAGUGCUGAUAAUGAAAUUGAAUUGGAUAACAAAGAAAUAGCUGAUAUAGAUUCACCUGUAUUGAACAAUGAGGACGAAGAUAAUUACGAAACAUAUUCAUCCAACCCAUUAGAAGGUAUCAAUAAAUAUAGUAUAGAUGAAAAUGGUGAUGAUAAUAAUAGAUCAUCGGCAACUGUAAAACAGACAAUUGAUGCCAAGUCAACCACAAACAACUUUGAAGAUAUACCAUUUGAUUACUUCCCAAUAAAUAUUGAAUAUUCGAAGAGAGAUGAAGUUAUGGAAUCUCCUUCAUUUCAAAACUAUAUGACACUGAUGGAUUAUGAAAUGAACGAUGUUGAAAAACCCACCAGUACAACAUCAGCUGUUUCUGUAAAGAAAAAGAAUAUCAAAGUUAAGAAACACACUAAUUCUAUUGCAUAUCAGGGAAAUAUGAUUGAUCCGCUUUUAUUAAACUAUAAUGAUGACUUUGAUUUCUCCUCAAAUGCAAAAGAUUUCAUAAAUAUUAGUGGAGAUGCUGAUCGAAUACAUGAUAACUUCAAGAAUGUUAAUGAUGCAUUUGAAGAAUUUAACAAAGAUAUAUUCCAACCGAGAAUAAACCAUUAUAAUACACAAUAUCCAUAUAGUUCCUAUAUGAAUUUAAACAUUCCACAGAUAGCGACACUCCCCACAUAUCAGACUGAAAUUCGACCACAAACUAUCGAUCAACAGCCUUUCACUCGAUUUGAUAAUAUCUUUACACCUCAAAGUGUAUACAAGGAUUAUAUCAAUAUGUCACGAUCACAAAAUAAACCGCCGGCUCCAUUAUCACAACAACAGAUAGAAUUUUUUGAUUGGAAUGUACUAUUGCAACCAACCUCAAAUCUACCUCAUUUGUCUACCGCUCACAGUUUGACUGCCUAUACUCCAGGAUAUAGAGCCACUAUGCCUCAAACAGUAUGGAUUCAAUCUCCAUAUACAACUAGUGGGCAGAACCAAUACCACCAAACAAGAACUCCCUUAAUGACAACGAGAAGAAGACAAUUUCGUAACUUGACACCAGCAACUAGUAUGAACAAAUAUUCAAAAAUUAAUAAAAGUAACAAGGUAACUAAACCUGUUUAUGAUAAAAAUAAGCAUCUAUCAAAAGAAAAACAAUCAACAGUUUCAAAGAAGAAGUAA